ACCUCCGCCCCCCGCCCGUCGCUCGCAUCCCCAGUUCCAUCAAAGCCAACCCGGACCAGCGCAGGGAUCUCCGAGUUGCGAGGGUGCUGAGGCUGGGACUGUCACUCAUUCUCCGCUCAGCGCGUGAACGCAGCUCGGCAGUGGCUGGCAGGAAACAAUUCUGCAAAAAUAAUCAUACCCAGCCUGGCAAUUGUCUGCUCCUCGGUCCGUUGCUCCGCCGCCGUCCACAGUCGCUAGCAAGGGGAAGGCACAGAAUUUACCGCGGCCAGAACAUCCCUCCCAGCCGGCAGUUUACAAUGCUGCGAACUACGGAUCUCAUCUGGACUUUGUUUUUCCUGGGAACCGCAGUUGCUCUGCAAGUGGAUAUUGUUCCCAGCCAAGGAGAAAUCAGCGUUGGAGAGUCCAAAUUCUUCCUGUGUCAAGUGGCAGGAGAAGCCAAAGAUAAGGACAUCUCGUGGUUCUCCCCGAAUGGAGAAAAGCUGAGCCCGAACCAGCAGCGGAUCUCAGUGGUAUGGAAUGAUGACGACUCCUCUACACUCACCAUCUACAAUGCCAAUAUCGACGAUGCUGGCAUUUACAAGUGUGUGGUCACAGGAGAGGAUGGCACCCAGUCCGAGGCCACUGUCAAUGUGAAGAUCUUCCAGAAGCUCAUGUUCAAGAAUGCACCAACCCCGCAGGAGUUCAAGGAAGGGGAAGAUGCGGUGAUUGUGUGUGAUGUGGUCAGCUCUCUGCCCCCAACCAUCAUCUGGAAACACAAAGGCCGAGAUGUCAUCCUGAAAAAAGAUGUCCGAUUCAUAGUCCUGUCCAACAACUACCUGCAGAUCCGGGGCAUCAAGAAGACAGAUGAGGGCACUUACCGCUGUGAGGGCAGAAUCCUGGCCCGGGGGGAGAUCAACUUCAAGGACAUUCAGGUCAUUGUGAAUGUACCACCCACCGUCCAGGCCAGACAGAGCAUCGUGAAUGCCACUGCCAACCUGGGCCAGUCUGUCACCCUGGUGUGUGAUGCUGAUGGCUUCCCAGAGCCUACCAUGAGCUGGACAAAGGAUGGGGAACCCAUAGAAAUUGAGGAGGAAGAUGAUGAGAAGCACGUCUUCAGCGACGACAGUUCUGAGCUGACCAUCAGGAACGUGGACAAAAACGAUGAGGCUGAGUACGUCUGCAUUGCUGAGAACAAGGCUGGCGAGCAGGAUGCAUCCAUCCAUCUCAAGGUCUUUGCAAAGCCCAAAAUCACCUAUGUAGAGAAUCAAACAGCCAUGGAACUAGAGGAACAAGUUACUCUUACUUGUGAAGCCUCAGGAGACCCCAUCCCCUCUAUCACCUGGAGAACUUCCACCCGAAACAUCAGCAGUGAAGAAAAGACUCUGGAUGGGCACAUGGUGGUACGCAGCCAUGCUCGUGUGUCCUCCCUGACCCUGAAGAGCAUCCAGUACACAGAUGCUGGAGAAUACAUCUGCACUGCCAGCAACACCAUCGGCCAGGACUCCCAGUCCAUGUACCUUGAAGUUCAAUAUGCGCCCAAGCUCCAGGGCCCAGUGGCUGUGUACACAUGGGAGGGGAACCAGGUGAACAUCACCUGUGAGGUCUUUGCCUACCCAAGUGCCACAAUCUCCUGGUUCCGAGAUGGUCAGUUGCUGCCAAGCUCCAACUACAGCAAUAUCAAGAUCUACAACACCCCAUCUGCUAGCUACCUGGAGGUAACCCCUGACUCAGAAAAUGACUUUGGAAACUACAACUGUACGGCAGUGAACCGCAUUGGACAGGAGUCCUUGGAAUUCAUCCUUGUUCAAGCAGACACACCGUCUUCUCCAUCCAUCGACCGGGUGGAACCAUACUCCAGCACAGCACAGGUGCAGUUUGAUGAGCCAGAAGCCACAGGUGGAGUGCCCAUCCUCAAAUACAAGGCUGAGUGGAAGUCACUGAGUGAAGAAGCAUGGCAUUUCAAGUGGUAUGAUGCCAAAGAAGCCAACAUGGAAGGCAUUGUCACCAUCAUGGGCCUGAAGCCUGAGACAAGGUAUACAGUACGACUGGCGGCCCUCAACGGCAAGGGGCUGGGCGAGAUAAGUGCAGCCACUGAGUUCAAGACACAGCCAGUCCAAGGGGAACCCAGUGCACCCAAGCUGGAAGGGCAGAUGGGAGAGGAUGGGAACUCCAUCAAGGUGAACCUGAUCAAGCAGGAUGACGGAGGCUCCCCAAUCAGACACUAUCUGGUCAAGUACCGAGCGAAGCUUGCCUCUGAGUGGAAACCAGAAAUCCGGCUCCCUUCCGGCAGUGACCACGUCAUGCUCAAGUCCCUGGACUGGAACGCCGAGUAUGAAGUAUCUGUGGUAGCUGAGAAUCAGCAAGGAAAAUCCAAGGCAGCUCACUUUGUGUUCAAGACCUUAGCCCAGCCCACAGCCAUCCCAGCCAAUGGCAGCCCUACCCCAGGCCUGAGCACCGGCGCCAUCGUGGGCAUCCUCAUUGUCAUCUUCGUCCUGCUCCUGGUGGUCAUGGACAUCACCUGCUACUUCUUGAACAAGUGUGGCCUGCUCAUGUGCAUCGCUGUCAACCUGUGUGGCAAAGCUGGGCCUGGAGCCAAGGGAAAAGACAUGGAGGAGGGCAAGGCUGCUUUCUCGAAAGAUGAGUCCAAAGAACCCAUCGUGGAGGUCCGAACAGAGGAGGAACGGACUCCAAACCAUGACGGAGGGAAGCACACAGAGCCCAACGAGACCACACCGCUGACAGAGCCAGAGCUGCCUGCUGAUACCACAGCCACUGUCGAGGACAUGCUGCCUUCUGUCACCACCGUCACCACUAACUCUGACACUAUCACCGAAACUUUUGCCACUGCUCAGAACAGCCCCACCAGUGAGACCACUACACUGACCUCCAGUAUUGCCCCACCGGCCACAGCUGUGCCGGACUCAAAUUCUGUGCCCACUGGUCAGGCCACCCCUUCCAAGGGGUCUGGUGUCACUGCUGCAUCCUCACCCCCAGCCUCGGCCCCAAAGGUUGCUCCUCUUGUUGACCUGAGCGAUACCCCAACCUCAACUCCCUCUGCUAGCAAUUUGUCCUCCACUGUCCUGGCUAACCAAGGAGCUGUACUCAGCCCCAGCACCCCUGUCAACGCAGGGGAGGCCUCUAAGGUCCCUCCAGCCAGUAAGCAGUCCCCUGCUCCAACUUCCACCCCAGCUGGGGCAGCCAGCCCCUUAGCAGCAGUAGCCGCCCCUGCCACAGAAGCCCCUCAGGCCAAGCAGGAAGCCCCCAGCACCAAAGGUCCGGACCCAGAGCCCACCCAGCCUGGCGCCAUGAAGAACCCUCCUGAGGCAGCCACAGCCCCUGCUAGCCCGAAGAGCAAGGCUGCCUCCGCCAGCACCACAAACCCUUCCCAGGGCGAGGACUUAAAAAUGGACGAAGGGAACUUCAAGACCCCAGAUAUUGACCUUGCAAAGGAUGUUUUUGCAGCCCUGGGCUCUCCUGCUCCUGCCACUGGGGCCAGUGGACAAGCCUCUGAGCUUGCUCCUUCCACUGCAGACAGCGCUGUGCCGCCUGCACCAGCAAAGACCGAGAAGGGUCCAGUAGAAGCAAAGUCGGAGUCCCAGGAGUCAGAAGCAAAGCCAGCACCAACUGAAGUCAAGACGGUCCCCAACGAUGCCACACAAACAAAAGAGAAUGAGAGCAAAGCAUGAUGGGUACCUAGCAACAAGCAAAGAUCAAAAUAAAGUGACACAGCGGCUUCACCAGA